ACGACAUUACUAUUAUUGGUUAAACGAACUCGUUUCCACUACUAGUUUCCUAAAGCAGAGUCGGUUUGUGGGGAUCUCUCUCUCUCUCUCUCUCUUUCUUCUUCAAUGGCGUUUCUCUCCUAUUCUUCAUCGUCUCCGGCGAUGCAGAAAGGAAUCUUUGUCUCCAUGCCUGUACUUAUACUCUCCGUUUCGUUCGCAGCUGUUGCCUUCUUCCUCAUCUCUUCUUCUCUCUCGUCUUGCUCCUGUCCUCCUUCUAUACCUUCCCCCGUUAACGAAGCCGUUGAAGCACCCGUCGGCGUUGAUGUGAGAAUAUCGCCGACGCAAGAUGAUAUUAAGUGGGUUAGAGAUCUGAUUAGAUCCAACGGUUUGCAUAUGCAGAAGAAUGAGCUUCGGAAAGGGAUUAAUCCUCGCACUAGGGAUCAACAACUCGCAGAUCUGAAUCAGUACAAGGGUAUAUCCCAUUACGAAGGAGAUGAAGCAAACAACCAUACAGCUCUUCCAUGCCCUGGUGAGUUAUUAGUUGAGCAGCAUCACAGCAACUAUGGUGAACCAUGGGCAGGUGGUCGUGAUGUAUUUGAGUUCUUGGCUGAAUCAGCUAAACUUAAACCAAACUCCCGUGUUCUAGAAAUCGGAUGUGGCACGUUGCGUGUUGGUUUGCAUUUUAUCCGCUAUCUUAGUCCACAACAUUUUCACUGUCUUGAAAAGGAUGAGCUUUCGCUAAUGGCUGCUUUAAGAUAUGAGCUUCCAUCUCAAGGUCUUCUACAUAAACGACCUCUUAUAGUAAGAGGCGAUGAUAUGGAAUUCAGCAAGUUUGGUUCAGAUACAACCUAUGAUCUGAUAUACGCAAGUGCUGUCUUUCUCCACAUGCCUGAUAAACUCGUGUGGACUGGACUCGAAAGACUAGUGGAAAAGUUAAAGCCUUACGAUGGGAGAAUCUUUGUUUCACAUAACGUAAAGUUUUGUUCGCGGUUAGGAGGAGACAAGUGUGCGCAGAAGCUAGCAAGUUUAGGACUUGAGUAUCUUGGGAAACAAACACAUGAUAGCUUGCUGUUCAAUCACUACGAGAUCUGGUUCGGGUUUAGACGGUUCAAAACAUAAAGCCGGUUGAAGUUUUUUUGGCUGAGUCUAUUUCAGUUUUCUUGACACGCCAUUGUUCUCCAUUCUCUGAGGACUGGAUCAAGAGGUUUAGAUAUUGUUUUGGUGAACAAAAAGCAAAGAGUCUCUACAAAGGUUGUGAACUAGAAAGAUUGUUCUGUAUCAAUUACUUUUAUUUUUGUGUCUAUGGUCAGAGAGAUUCAGGUACUGUUUAUAUAGUAGCCAAAUGAUUUAAGAAAUUCUUUUGUUUGUAACCAAAGACAAAUUCUUUUUCAUAUUUUAAAAGUUGUUACCA